CGAGGCUAGGGUGGGAAACAAGGUAGGAGAUACAAAAGAGGACGGCGACGUAGCUACCUAGGGGAGCCACAGCCGCCUGACGAAGGUAUCGUGGAAACAAAGCGGAAAGGAAUUCCCAAGGGAAAAAUAAGCGUGGGUAUCUAUGUCUACGAUAAACGCAGGAACGCCGAACAGGGCUGGUCAGGGCAGCUUAGGUGAAGGCCAGGGUAACAAAAGCGAGUCGAGGAGGGAGUGGAGAGGAACCGAGGAAGAGGGAGAGGAGAUGGGAGAGAGGAGAGGAGAGAGGAGGGGACCGAGCCGUGCACCAGAAGGCGCUGGCCGUAACGCGUGGGAACUGGGUCGCUGUAGGGAGGCCAAAACGGCAACGUGUGGGAGGUGUGAACCCGGUGUGUGGAAGAGAAAGGGAAGAGGUGAGGAUGAGGAUUAUAUAAGAGGGAGAGCGAGCGAGGACGGUGCGGCCAGACAAGGAAGCCGCUGCGGGCAGCCGGACGGCAGGCAGGCAGGCGGCGUCGAGAUUUGGGCGUCGCUGAUUGGACGAGCAGAGAAGUUGCCAUUCUGGGUAAGCGUCGCUACAGGGGGGCAGGGGUGUGGGGGUUCAAGCUGUGCUUCUGCCCAGUUCCGAGUCCGACAAGGGAAAAGCGCCGCCCACGCUGUUUGUUGGUGAAUACAGAGUACCUACCAUUACUGUAGGUAUGCACUGUUGGUUCCUAUAUUACUAGGGGACGAGUGUGGGAGUAGCGACAGACACAAUCAUCGCAGCAUUUCGGUGAAAUGCUUUUUUGCGCCUCUGUGGGUUGCUGCCCCACUGCCGCCCACUCUACCACAGUACGGAGUACGGAGUAAGCACAUGGCAAUCUGUUUCCGAUGACCGUGAUGACCCGCAGGACUGUGGACAUGCCGGAUCCGCGCUGUCGUCAAAAGUCAUCA